CUCAAACUUUACUCUAGCCCCAAGUACCCCCUUUCCCCUUCGCCUUUCGCCUUUCGCCUUUCGCCUUUCGCCUUUCGCCACCGCCCCUUCACCGUUCCUCCUCCUCUCAGAACAACUGAAUCUGCCCAAAACCGCUCUCAGACCCGUCGUCCCCUUCCCCCUCCACAAAACCGUCGUCCAUCCCCUUCCCCUUCCUUUGUCUUCGUCGUCGUCACCUUAGUCGUGGAGGAGUCACCUUCGUCAGCUGGAGUAAAAAUAACAAGGUAAUUGAGGAUGGAAGCAGCGAAAAGUCAACCUGAAAUACAGUCUCCACCUGCUGCUACAACCCCACCUAUCACACCAUGUCGAAAGAAGAAGAAUGAAGAAGCUACUUUCUUGGAGGAUUUUAAGGACCAUAUUGAUGAGUUCAUCCAUGCAUCUAUGGAUGAACACAAAAGUUGCUUCAAGAAGACCAUACAGAAGAUGUUUGGAAUGUCAAAGAUUGUUGCAGAAAGGAAUACUCACACUAAUGGAAUUGAAGUCUCUUUGCCACUCCAAACAACGGUAUCGGACUAGAAUGUGUCCCCUCCUUUUCGAGGCAGCUUGAUAUCUAGAUUUGGAACAAUGAUUGUUUCAAUAAUAUAAAAUAUACUGCUUGCUAGAAUUUUAACUCCAGCAGUACUGCUUGGAAGGUAUGAGUAAGUUCGCAGAACUCUUAAAAUUGGUUUUCAGAAUAAGGGAUUUAUCUGUUGAUAUGGUUAUGUUUUCCAGUUUUGCUAGUAUGGUCCUGCUCGAGAAAGCACAUAAUAAACUUUUGUUCUGAGCAAGCAUAACUUGUUUGUGGUCGGAUUUAUCCAUCUUGGCUUUUGCAAUGUCUACUUUUUUGGAAAUCAAACAACUUGAUGCGUCUUUCCUUCA